CAGGCUCAAUCGAAGUGGGCCUCUGGCUAAUGGCAUUAAACUCUCCCACGUGGCUGCUGCUCUGGCACGUGGGCGGGGCCUGGAGUUGAACGGCUAUGCCAGUAUCACUUCCCCAUCGAAGAAAGGGACCAUCGCAGGCCAACUGCACAGCACGCGCACCCGCGAAAAACCUCAACAAAGCAUGCUAUACACGGCCCGCGCGUUGGGCUUUAGAUGUCCUUCGCCUCCUCCCAUACGCAACCACAGGAGCAUGGAUUCCCAGGCCAAAACCGCCCGCGGGUCACCCAGAACUGGUGCUCCAUCGCCUCCCAAAGAAACGGACGGGGGCGAUGCCAUCACCCUCCGAGAAUGGCAGGGCUGGGGCACCUCCUCCCCAAUACCAGCACUGGUGGCCGACAUCAUCAACGAUCUGAAGGCCCUGGAACGAGACAUGGAUGCCCAGAUGAGCUUUGGAGGCCUUGGAGGGAAGCUCCAGGGCGAUUUUAAGGCUCAAGAGGAUAAGAAACAUAGAGCGACGUACCGGGCUCUAACUGAUUCCGAAAAGAAGCUUCAAUUCUUUGCUGCCCGGCAGAUAGCUUGCCGUUUGCUUGGGAGUAGGGGAUACCUUUGCCAGAAGUGCUGGCUUGCUUUGGAAGAUUGCAUGUGUUCCAGACUUUUACCAUGUUCUCUAUGGCCCGGGAUUCGGUUUUGGUUGUAUAUGCACCCAAAGGAUUUUCUGCGGCAAAAUAAUACUGGAAAGUUGUUGUGGCAACUAUUUGGAAUUCAAGCAUCAUCUUUAUGCCUUUUUGGAAUUCGUGAACAUGAAGAGAUCAUGUGGGAUGCACUGAAGCUUGCAGGAAGAGACAUGGUUUGGUGCCUUUAUCCUAAUAAGAUUGCAUCCACCAAGUCAGUGCAGGAUAUCUGCUCUCAUGGAUCAUUAACGAAUUCAGAAUGCGAAUCGACAGUGUCACGUGGAGAUGAACCUUUAAACUUUAUUCUGAUUGAUGGUACGUGGAGUAAUUCUGCUGCAAUGUUCAGGCGUUUGAAGGAGCAUGCGGAGCUGUUAUGGGGGGACAGAGACCUCCCCUGCAUUUCCCUGUCAAUGCCUGGUGUGUCCGUGAUGCAUAAGCUCCGGCCCCAGCCUUCAUGGGAUCGUACCUGUACGGCAGCAGCUGCCAUCGGCCUUCUCUCAGAGCUGCACCUUCUCCCCGCCUUCAGUUCGCUUGGAUUGGAUAAGCAGGCAGAAACAGUGGAGAAUGGAUUGGAUGCUUUGUUAGAUGCACUUACAGCUCGACGGCUGCGGAUGGGCAGAUCUAUCACACGCAGAGAAAGGAGUAACAAUAUCUAAGGCGGCAGUGGGAGCUGGUGCAGUUUUUUUUGCCGGAACUUUUUGAUUGAGUGAAGUGGUCCGUCCAUCAUGACUUAUAGAAUCUCAAUCAGACAGAAUGUGUUUUAUGGUGGGUGGGCCAUUCGGGUUUUGUUUUGAUAAAUGGUGAUCAAAAUAUCAUUAACCCACAUGAGGAAAAGAGGGAAUGAAUCUGAAGACGUUCCAGCCUUGCAUUAGAAAUGUCAUUUUGGAAAAUUACAAGUCUUGUUCCAUGUGGAGAUUAAGGUAAUGACCAUUUCUUCUCUCUUUUUAGUGGGGUAAUGUUUGUGCUUGAUUAAUCUACUGUAGCUGCGCCAAAUGAAUGGCCCUGAUUGUAUUGAUGGAAUAUGAUUGGGUCCAAUCAUACGCCUUUGUGGA